UUGACCCAGAUGAAAACAUCCCAUGAAAAGGAGCUGGAGGAGAUGAGAACUAAUUUCAGAAAGAAAGAGGAGGAACUUGAAUCCUUAAACAGAAGACUGCAGGAAGCACCAGCUUUGAGAUCCAGUCUCCAGCAUUGUAAACCACAAGGAUGUGAACAUAAACAAAGUUUGACACAAUUGGAAAUUUUUUACAAAAAGACGAUAAAUGAGGCUCGCUCUGCUGCUGCCCAAAAAGAAAAAGAAUUGAAAUCUCUCAAAGACAGACUGGCAGCACAGGUGGCCAUUUCCCUUAAAACAGGAAACACUGAGAGCAUGAACAACCCGGUCAGUAAAACCAGACUGACUGAGAUGUACGACAACCUGAAGCUGCUGCAGUGGCCGAACAUCAAAGAUCGGCUGAAGUCCAGGAAGAUCGGACCAAAGGAGGCCAAAGAUCUGAUCCAGAGAACCUUUGGAGAUGCAGCAGAAGAAAUGAAGAGAAGGAAGCAGCAGAUAGAGGAGAUGUUCCAGGAGACCAGGUCCAGCAGUGGACUUACUCCUCAGAAGGUACCGGACUCUAGAGCAGAUUCAUUAAACAGCUGGAGGAGAUGUGUGAGCAGCAUGGUUCCUGUGUUACAGGUCAAAGAGUACAGACAGCUGACAGUUCAGAACCUGCAGAUGGCGCUGUUCCACACCAGCAAAGAAGAUCUUUUUAAGACUGGUUUCCUGGAACAUGGAGGUCAGUCUCCAGGGGAAGGGAAGGAGGAUCUCAGACUUCUGGCCUCUGAAUGCUACUGGCUGGGCUGCUUGAUGGCUUUAAACAAUCCUCCUCUUCAGCCUGACUGGAAGAACCACUUUCCUGGGUUUGACUCCUGGGAUAUCUUUCCUCGAGACAUCCAACCGUCUGACUUGUAGAGGAAGCAGAUGCACCACUGCAGAAAACACAUUCUGACAUCAUUUUAUCAUAACUAAUUGUUUUAACUUGUAGUUGUGUUCAUUUUGGGUUUUCUUUGGCUUUAUAAGUAUCAUAGUGACAGAAUGAAGAAAAAACAAAUAUUAUGGGGAUUAUUUUAAGCUUAAAACUGAUCCUACAGGGAAACAUAACUUUUUUUUCCACCCUGAAAAACACACCCACUACAGAAAAACACAAUAACAGAGAUAUACAUCCAUUGUAUCAUUAUGUGGUUAAACGUACUGCCUUGCAGGAAGAAGGUCUCAGCUCAGGAUUUCACAUCGUCUCCUGUUUUGUCCAGGUCAAAAACAUGACCGUUAAUGAUGAAUGAAAAAUCCUCAUGUCGUGGCAAAAAGUAUUCAACUAUUCCCCCCAGUUAAAUAAACUCAAUGGAUUUCACUCAGUCUGCACUUUAUUUUAUCUUUGUAAAGUGACAUUUCCUCUUACGGCCCUUAUUGCAUGGUUAUCAGCCCUGUUCUGAUCUGGGCAGCGUUCGUUCCCCCUUAAUUACAAAA